UGGCGACGACCAGCGACGACAAGAACUGACAAGACAGACAAGAAUCGAGAGGCGCGUCCGAGUAGUCCGAGUACUCCGAGUGCGAGUCACUCGCGCUCCGAAUCGUCACUUUCUCCACCGGGAUUAGAUCGUGCGAAUUACGAGUUACGACAAGCCGUGGUAUGCGAUGUGAAUGGUUCGAAUGUGAAACGUUCAGAAUACAUCUGGCACGUUCCAUCACGUUCUCGCGAGCGCGAACGAUGAGAAUACCGGGAUUACCGGGGACGACGAGGACAAGUCGAGGCUGAGGUACGGAUCGUUUGCCGCGGUAGCAGCGUCAGCGUCAUCGCCGUCGCCGUCGCCGUCGCGAUCGGAUGAACCGUCGAUCGUCGACGAGAAAUUGGGCGUGUGUCGUGUGUACACGAGGAGGAAGGCCAGAAUCUCGUCGGUGGGCAGCGCGCGCAUGCGAAAACGGAUACGUACGGUGAGCCUUUUUGACGGAUCCGUGACCGCUGCAAUGGCGACGGCGCCUGGCGACUCGCCUACUUUCUAAGCUCUAUCGAGGUGAGAGGCUGGAUCGCGCGCGCGUGUUCUAUCGCCGCGUUCCUCCGCUGGAUUGUCGUGUCUGGUCGUGUCUGAUCGUGUCUGGUCGUGUCUGGUCGUGUCUGGUCGUGUCUCUCGAGGAUACGAUAAUCGAGACGAAUCCUGAUAGUGCCAGAGAAUCAAGUCCAACGUCGUUGUCCUCUUGAUAAUCUGGACUAACUUUGGAGUAGGACAGGACACGCCGUUCUCCCAGGAAGUUGCGAUGCGGCAGGCAAUCCGCUGGUGCAGCCGAGCGUCGUCCCAGGGCUCCGGGAUAUCCGGAGAAUGCGCGGCACCGCCUCGCGACUUCCUCACGCGGAUGUGAUCCUCCCGGCACGGCUCGCUUCCAUCCAGCCGACGGUCUCGCCCCGUCCUGCCCGUGUCCUCGAUCUCUUGUCCUCCGGUCGACGGCGCAGCUGACGGUUCUCAACAACUUCGCUCCUGCCCGCGUGUGGAUAACCUUCUCCCUUUUUCCCCAGGUAAUGAAUCACACGAACGAUUAAUCGGAUUAACGUGACGCGGUACCGAAGGUACUGACUCGUUCUUGAUUUUUAACACCUACGCAUCCGGCGAUUUGCGUGUCUAUAUAUAUAUAUAUAUAAAAGACUGUGAACUUUAAACGGGUUGCUCCAGUGACUUUGAUAUAGUGAUCGUUAAAUGUGAGAAGGUGGACCCGUCUCGUGGACGGUGGACAGCGGCGCGAUUUGAAGAUCGUUCGAGAGGAUCGUAAAUCGUAGUCGGACGUAGACGCGAACGGCCGAAACAUGGGGAACUGCUUCAGCAGCCCGACGGACGUGGAGAAGGAGAAGCCGGACAGGAUCGGCAAUCCCAGCAUAGAGGCGGUCGCGUCGCAGGUCAGCCCGGUGCCGACGCCGCCGCCGGAUCCUAUCAGGCCGAUUCCGCAGAUCCCAGACAUGGACGUUACGACGGCGAAGAUAUUCGUUGCUUUGUACGAUUAUGACGCUCGCACUGACGAGGAUUUGAGUUUUAAGAAGGGAGAACACUUGGAGAUUAUCAACGACACGCAGGGAGACUGGUGGCUGGCCAAGAGUAAAAGGACCAGGCAGGAGGGCUACAUUCCCAGCAAUUACGUCGCCAAAUUGAAAUCAAUCGAGGCAGAACCAUGGUAUUUCAGGAAGAUUAAGCGAAUUGAGGCUGAGAAAAAAUUGCUACUGCCGGAAAACGAUCACGGCGCGUUUCUGAUAAGAGACUCCGAGAGCCGACACAAUGAUUACUCCCUUUCAGUGCGUGACGGCGACACGGUGAAACAUUACCGUAUUCGUCAAUUGGACGAGGGUGGCUUUUUCAUCGCCAGGCGAACCACGUUCAGAAAUUUGCAGGAUCUUGUGGAGCACUACAGCAAAGACGCGGAUGGCCUGUGUGUUAAUUUGUGCAAGCCUUGCGUGCAGGUUGAGAAACCCGUAACGGAAGGCCUUAGUCACCGUACGCGGGACCAAUGGGAAAUCGAUCGUUCGUCGCUGAAAUUCCUGAGGAAGUUGGGACAGGGUCAAUUUGGCGAGGUGUGGGAAGGUCUGUGGAACAAUACUACCCCAGUGGCGAUAAAGACGCUCAAACCGGGCACCAUGGACCCGAAGGACUUCCUUGCCGAGGCGCAGAUUAUGAAGAAACUCCGACACGCUAAACUAAUUCAGUUGUACGCUGUGUGCACGAUGGAGGAACCGAUCUAUAUCAUUACAGAAUUGAUGAGGAACGGCAGUCUUCUGGAAUAUUUACAAGGUACGCAAGGAAAAGGUAGAGGCCUAAAGCUACAGCAACUAAUCGACAUGGCCGCGCAAAUAGCUGCCGGUAUGGCGUAUUUAGAGUCGCAGAAUUAUAUUCAUCGAGACUUGGCCGCCCGUAAUGUUCUCGUAGCAGACGGAAAUGUCGUUAAGAUCGCGGACUUUGGUUUGGCUAGGCUUAUCAAAGAGGAUGAGUACGAGGCUAGAAUAGGGGCGCGUUUCCCUAUUAAGUGGACCGCUCCUGAAGCCGCCAACUACAGCAAAUUCAGUAUUAAAUCCGACGUAUGGUCGUUUGGAAUUCUCCUUACCGAAUUGGUCACAUACGGUAGAAUACCCUAUCCAGGUAUGACAAAUGCUGAAGUUCUUCAUCAAGUGGAGCAUGGUUAUAGAAUGCCAAGUCCACCCGGCUGUCCCGACACACUUUAUAAUAUCAUGUUGGAAUGUUGGAACAAGGAUCCUAUGAAAAGACCGACUUUCGAGACACUUCAGUGGAAACUUGAAGACUUUUUCACUAUGGAAGGUUCCGAGUACAAGGAAGCGUCUGCGUAUUGAAUAGAGGAUUUCGAAUUCUUCUUCCGUAUUGCUCCAUUAAGAGAUCCGGUAACUGUACCAUCGUCGUUUCAUCGACGGCGAUCGUUACGAUCUUCUUCAUUGAUCUAUUUGUGACACUAGUUUUCGCGGUACUUCUGAAAAAGUAUCGCAACUUUUAUACUCGAACGACCAUUUUGCGAACGAUCAAUAGCAUAGUUUUAUUUAACGGUAAAGUUUUCUUUUUUUCCCCCGUCUCUUUCUCUCUACUUUGUUUUUUUUUUCUUUCCCUUUACGUUCUCGUCUUCGCACAUUCUGUCUGCCAUAAAUCUUGAAGAAUAUUUGUACAUUUUUACCUGUAUGACUUGACAAACGUACAUUGGCAUUUUGAUAGCUUUAGCGGCGACGAGAUUUUAGAUAUCGUUUUAGUAAGGAUGUUGUACACGUAGACGUUAAAUGGCCUUUGUAAAAUCGUUUAUAAGUGUCAGUUAGGUAGAUCUCGAUCAUCAGGGUGAUAAUUCCAAGUGAUGAUGAUAGUAGUAACGAUGUAAUAUAUUUGUGUACAAUAUAUAAGUUGUACUUUCUGCAUUACAAUUCCCAUACAUACACUAUAUAUAUAUAUAUGAUACGAUGAAAAAUCGAUCUCUUGAAAAUUGAACCGACAACGGGAGAGACGAAACGACGGACCAUAAAUACAUAAUUUUUCCUUCUUUCUUCUCACUCGAGUGUAACACGAAUUUAAUAACGACGUACUCCCGCGAAACAAAUAUACAGAAGUCGUCGAAAUGAUUUCGCAAGCCGUGUGCGUGCAUGUGCGAAGAUCGAGGGAACUAUAAUUCGGUCCGUCCUAAAUAAUGCGGAAGACUGUCUUGUAGUGAUUGUGUCGAACGAUAUUAUAUUUUCCUUCGUCUAUCUCGUCUGUUUGUCACAAAACGCGACAAAUACUGACACAAACUGCCAGCUAACGUUUUCUAAGAUGUACUUGUUACUUAUAACGUGUAAGAUCACAUUUUGGAUACGCGUGAGAGUAUGCACCUAUCUAUGCAUGAGAAAUGUACGAUAUUUGCUAUGAAGGCGCGAAACAUCCAGUUUACCAUUGUAUCUUUAAGUACUAUGAGAAGAGAAUGUAUAUCACGAAUUACGUCAUCUUCGUUAAUCAUUCGGACAUGUUCAUGUUAUCAAAUUCGACAUUUUUAUAUAUUUUUAUAU